AGGCGGAACGGGCCGGCGGGAUGGGGGAGGGGAUUCGGCGUAGCUGGACAGUCCCGGACGUUAUUUAGCGUAAGGGUGCUUCGCGGAGCUCUCCUAGGUUUCGGUGGUUCGAGACCAUACGGGCCUGCCGCCUUAGUUGUUGAACGGCAGGCAGUGCCAGGUCCUGGGGCGCAACGAGAAGAGCCACUCUCAGGCACGUAGGGAUUCGAAAGGUUCUGUCGAGCGUCGAGAGGUUGUGUCGCGCGUAGAGCCCUCUGGGAGUUGUAGUUCCGAAGAUGGAGCACGCCGCACCGUCCCCGGUGCCUAUGGGUCAGUUUUUUGAGACAGGGCCGACAUAUUUCAGGCUGGCCUGGAGUUUGUCAUGGAGUGGAGGAAGUCCUCCUGCCUGCACCUCCUGAAUGCUGGGAGCACAGGCCACAGGCUGAGGUCUUUCAGGCUCUGCAGCGACUGCACAUGACCAUCUACUCCCAGAGUGUCUCACCCUGUGGGAAGUUCCUGGCAGCUGGCAACAAUUAUGGGCAGAUUGCCAUCUUCAGUUUGUCUGCUGCCUUGAGUUCAGAGGCCAAAGAAGAAAGCAAAAAACCCAUGGUGACCUUCCACGCCCACGAUGGGCCUGUCUAUAGCAUGGUCUCCACAGAUCGGCAUCUCCUUAGUGCUGGCGAUGGGGAAGUGAAGGGCUGGCUUUGGGCGGAAAUCCUCAAGAAGGGCUGUAAGGAACUCUGGCGUCGUCAGCCGCCAUACAGGACCAGCCUGGAAGUACCUGAAAUCAACGCUUUGCUGCUUGUCCCCAAGGAGAAUUCACUGAUUCUAGCCGGGGGAGAUUGCCAGCUGCACACUAUGGACCUGGAAACUGGGACCUUCACACGGGCCCUUCGGGGCCACACAGACUACAUCCACUGCCUGGCACUGAGGGACCGCAGCCCUGAGGUGCUGUCUGGUGGUGAGGAUGGAGCCGUGAGGCUUUGGGAUCUCCGUAUAGCCAAAGAGGUUCAGACCAUUGAAGUCUAUAAGCAUGAGGAGUGCUCGAGGCCCCACAAUGGGCGCUGGAUUGGAUGUUUGGCUACUGACUCAGACUGGAUGGUCUGUGGAGGCGGCCCAGCUCUCACCCUCUGGCACCUCAGGUCCUCCACGCCCACCACUGUCUUUCCCAUUCGGGCACCGCAGAAGCAUGUCACCUUCUACCAGGACCUGAUCCUGUCUGCUGGCCAGGGCUCUUGUGUCAACCACUGGCAGCUGAGUGGGGAGCUUAAGGCCCAGGUGCCUGCUUCUUCCCCAGGGCUGCUCAGCCUAAGCCUCAACCAGCAGCCAGCAGCCCCAGAGUGCAAGGUCCUGACUGCUUCAGGCAACAGCUGUCGAGUGGAUGUCUUCACCAACCUGGGCUACCGUGCCUUCUCCAUGUCCUUCUGACAUCAGGAUCCUCCAUCUCAGGAGCUGGAGUUCACUGUGUUUUGGGAUAGGAGUUGCCUUAUGUUAGCCCAGGCUGGCCUGGAACUCACUUUGUGGCUCAGUUUGGUCUCAGACCUUGAGCAGUUGAUAGAACAUUGCGGAAGUGCUGAGAUUUGGGCCCGUGAGCCACGGUGCUCAGCUUUUUUUUUUUCUGUCAAAAUAAAGUUUUAGGCUUUUCUUGUUUGCAUUUUCUACCCAAGAAUGGAGACCAA